GCGGCCCUUCUUCCCGUUCCUGCUGCGCCAGGAGCCGGCGCCCGGCGCGCGCGGACUGAGCGCGGCCGACGGCUGCGUGCUGGUGUGUGCCGUGUGCCGCUGCUUCCUGGGCGAGCAGUGGGCCGCCUUCGAGCGCGCGCGCACGCCCGUGGACCAGCGCGUGUACUGGCUCAAGCGGCCGCACCAGUGCCACGCGGGCGCGGGCGCGAGGGGGCGCGGGGGCUCGGGGCUCGGUGAGUGGGACGGCGGCGACGACGCGGACGACGGUCCCGUGCCCCGCGCGCCCGACGCCGAGGACGCGCGCGACUCCGAGCUGUCGGAGCUGUCAGACCCCGAGCCCCCGUCGGAACCAGAACCGGAGCCAGAGCCAGACCCAGACCCAGCCUCGCGCAACGCUGCAAUCAGCCCUGGUCUGGACGCGCUCCCUGUGCCAGGACCCCCGCCGGGCCGGGGCGCCGAGCCCGCCGCGCGCGCGCGCGCGGAGACAGAAGACUCCUCGAGGCUCCGCGCGGACGUGGAACCCCAGCCUGCAGUCCGACGCCGGCGCAAGGGGUUUGGCAGGCACUGGACUCCUGAGCCCCGGGCCAGCGUCCUGAGGGGAAUCCAGGACCCUUGGCAGGGCCACCCUGCUCAAGCCGCCACUUCAGGGGGUGUGGACGGAGCUCCCUCAGGCCAAACCACUGGGCCCCCAGAGAGCACUUCGGAGGACAGUGACAUCAACAUCACCAGUGAGGAAGAAGACACUCAGGAGCAGCUUGCAAAGGACCCCUGUAUCCCCAGAGAGAAGGACAAAGCUGGCCACAUCCUACGGGCUGUCCCAGAGAGCCAGGUGGUGUCACCAGAGGGCUCCUGCUGCUACAUCUGUGGGUCAGUGCUGUCACCGGCCUCCCAGCACGAGGUCCACGUGCAGAAGCAGGAGCGGCUGCCCCAAGCGCCCUUCUUUCCCUUCCUGUGGCUGCACAGCCCUCCGCCUGGCGCACAGCCCAUCAACGAGGCGGGCAGCACACUCGUGUGUCCCUGCUGCUUUGCGUCCCUCCGGCAGCAGUGGCAGAGCUUCGAGCUGGCAGGGGUGCCUGUCCUACAGCGUCUGUACGUGGUGCCCCUGAACAGCCACGCCCCCGGCAUGGCCUCCAAGGGCCGGCAGCCCCCCAGGGAGGAGGGCCCUAGUGGUUUGGCCCUCCCUGAGGCCUGCUACCUGUGUGGCGAGGACUGCACCCCGGAUGCCCGGGCUGUGCCCUCCCGCAUCCUGAAUGGCAGUACGCGUGGCACCAUGCACUUUCCGUUCCUCAGCCUCCUGCCAUGCCCGCCCAACGCCCGCGCCCCCAACAAGCUGUCUGAGGUCCGAAGCUGCCCCAAGUGCUUCAGCGUCUUGGAGGAUGUGUGGGCCCUGUACCGGGCCUGUCAGAACCAGGAGCUCAUCACCUCCGUACAGGGCUUCCUGGGCCGCUACCACCAGGCCUUCUCGGCCUCCGACCCCACCAUCUGCGACCCCCCUGCCUCGGCCCCCAGUGGCCUGGCUUCUGUGUGCUACAUCUGUGGGGCCGAGCUGGGCCCUGGCAGAGAAUUCCAGCUCAAUGUGAACCCUGCCAGCCGCCUGGGCGAGAAGGAGCCCUUCUUCCCUUUCCUUACGGUGUACCCGCCUGCCCCACGCGCCAAGCCCGCUGAUGCCACCGGCCUGGUGGCCACCUGUGUGCUCUGCUACCAUGACCUGUUGGGCCAGUGGCUGCAGCACGAAGCCCAGGGUGUGCAUCACACCGUCAGCGCCUGGUCCCGGCAGUACCAGGUGGACACCUUCGUGUGCUUCUUCUGCCAGCAGGAGAAGCGACGCUGCCUGGGGCUGAAGUCAGUGCGAGUGGCCCGCCUGCCCCUCUUUCUGUACACCCUACGAGCCAGCCACAGCCUGCUGGUGGACGAUGGGCGGCAGCUGAUCAUCGGUGCCUGCCUGGAGUGUGGGACUCUGGUGUGUGCAGGCCAAGGGCUCACUCGCACGGGGCCCAUGGGGUGGAGCUCCCCGGUAGCCACAGCAAGGAAGGUCACUUCCAGCUCUCUGGAGGUAUUGGGUGCUGUCCCCCCUCCUGCUCAGGAGCCUGAGCCACGUCAGGGGUCUGCUGCCACCACCAGCCUGCCCAGGGGCCCUAGGACAGCACCGGAGCUACAGCCAGUGCAAAGCCAGCCGAACCACGAUGGAGACAGACAGGACCUCCUGGGCACAGGCAUGAGCCAUGAGCCCAAGUCCCCUUCGCUAGGGAUGCUUUCCACCGCGACCAGGACCACCGCCACCGUCAACCCCCUCACCCCCUCGCCACUCAAUGGCGCCCUGGUGCCCAGUGGCAGCCCGGCCACCAGCAGCGCGCUGUCGGCCCAGGCCGCGCCGUCCUCCAGCUUUGCUGCCGCGCUGCGCAAGCUCGCCAAACAGGCGGAGGAGCCCAGAGGGUCCUCGCUGAGCAGUGAGUCAUCGCCUGUGUCCUCUCCAGCCACCAACCACAGCUCCCCCGCCAGCACGCCAAAGCGCGUGCCCAUGGGCCCCAUCAUCGUGCCCCCUGGGGGCCACAGUGUCCCCAGCACACCACCUGUGGUUACCAUCGCCCCCACCAAAACUGUCAACGGUGUGUGGAGGAGUGAGAGCCGCCAGGAUGCCAGUGUUCGGGGCAGCGGCAGUGGUGGUCGGGAGCGCCUCCUCGUGGAGCCACCACUGGCACAGGAGAAGGCAGGUGGCCCGGCUGUCCCCUCGCACCUGCUCAGCACCCCGUACCCCUUUGGCCUGUCCCCCAGCUCAGUCAUGCAAGAUUCGCGCUUCCCACCACUCAACCUCCAGCGGCCUGUGCACCACGUGGUGCCUCCGAGCACGGUGACUGAGGACUACCUGAGAAGCUUCCGGCCCUACCACACUGCUGAGGACCUGCGUGUGUCCUCCCUUCCCCCCCUUGGCCUGGACCCGGCCACCGCCGCAGCCUACUACCACCCCAGCUACCUGGCCCCGCACCCCUUCCCACACCCAGCCUUCAGCCCCGUCCUCUCAUACAGGAUGGAUGAGUCCUACUGUCUGUCCGCCCUGAGGUCUCCGUUCUACCCCAUCCCCACCCCUGGAUCCUUGCCUCCGCUGCACCCCUCGGCUAUGCACCUCCACCUCUCUGGUGUCCGCUACCCACCGGAGCUCUCACACUCAUCGUUGGCUGCACUGCACUCGGAGCGAAUGUCGGGGCUCAGCGCAGAGAGGCUGCAGAUGGAUGAGGAGCUGCGGCGCGAGAGAGAGCGGGAACGCGAGCGGGAGGCUGACCGUGAGCGCGAGAAGGAGCGCGAGCGGGAGAAGGAGCGCGAGCGCGAGAAGGAGCUGGAGCGCGAGCGGGAGCGCGAGCGGGAGCUGGAGCGCCAGCGGGAGCAGCGGGCCCGGGAGAAGGAGGUGCUGGCUGCCAAGGCGCUGGAGCCUGCCUUCCUGCCCGUGGCCGAGCUGCACGGGCUGCGUGGGCACGCCACGGAGGAGCGGGCCAAGCCCUCAGAGCAGCUGACGCCGACUCGAGCAGAGAAGCUGAAGGAUGCGGGCCUGCAGACACCCAAGCCGGUGCAGCACCCCCUGCACCCAGUGCCCACGCCACACCACGCCGUGCCCGGCCUCAUCUCCAGCCACGGCAUCUUCUCUCUGCCAGCCAGCAGUGCUGCUGCAAGCCUGCUGAUGCAGCGCACCAACGAGGAGGAAAAGUGGCUGGCCCGGCAGCGCCGCCUGCGGCAGGAGAAGGAAGACCGGCAGUCCCAGGUGUCGGAGUUCAGGCAGCAGGUGCUGGAGCAGCACCUGGACAUGGGCCGGCCACCAGUGCCCGUGGAGGAACACAGACCAGAGAGCAGCAGGCCAGGACCAAACCGGCUUGAACAGGGCAGCCGAGAGGCCCCACAGCACUUCGGUGGGCCACCCCCUCUCAUUUCUCCCAAGCCCCAGCACCACACGAUGCCCACCGCCCUCUGGAACCCGGUGUCUCUGAUGGAUAACACCCUGGAGACGCGGCGGGCUGAGAGCCACCCCCUGCACAGCCACCCGGCUGCAUUUGAGCCCAGUCGCCAGGCCGCUGUCCCAAUGGUAAAGGUGGAGCGCGUCUACUGCCCAGAGAAAGCAGAGGAGCCCCGGAAGCGGGAGACUGCCCCCCUGGACAAGUACCAGCCACCUGCACGGGAGGCAGGAAGCCUGGAGUCCCCGGCCUUUCCCCAUGGGCCUGGGCCCUUCCUCACCGAGCUUGAGAAGUCUACACAGACACUCCUAGGCCAGCAGCGGGUCUCCCUGCCCCAGGCAGCCUCCUUUGGGGAGCUCAGUGUGCCCCUGAAGCCGGGCUCGCCCUACCGGCACCCAGCAUCCCGGGGCCCUGAUCCUGCCUACGUCUAUGACGAAGUCCUGCAGCAGCGCCGGAGGCUAGUCAGCAAGCUGGACCUGGAGGAACGCAGGCGGCGCGAGGCCCAGGAGAAAGGGUACUACUACGACCUUGAUGACUCUUAUGACGAGAGUGACGAGGAGGAGGUGCGGGCCCACCUGCGCUUUGUGGCUGAGCAGCCACCCCUCAAGCUGGACACGUCUUCUGAGAAGCUAGAGUUUUUGCAACUUUUUGGCUUGACCACCCAACAGCAGAAGGAGGAGCUGGUGGCCCAGAAGCGGAGGAAGCGUCGGCGGAUGCUGAAGGAGAGAAGCCCGUCCCCGCCGGCAGUUCAGAGCAAGAGACAGAUGCCUUCGCCGAGACUGGCACUGUCCACCCGCUACAGCCCCGACGAGAUGAAUAACAGCCCCAACUUUGAGGAGAAGAGGAAGUUCCUGACCAUCUUCAACCUGACCCACAUCAGUGCAGAGAAGAGGAAAGACAACGAGAGACUUGUUGACAUGCUCCGUGCAGCAAAGCAGAGAACACUGGCAGCAGCAGCGGUGGCAGAUUCCUUGACAAACGCUCCGAGGGACAGUCCUGCCAUCUCUCCAAGCGAACCAGCCACGCAGCCAGCUUGUCUCGAGAUCGAAAAGCCUGUCGGCAUUGCUGCCUCCUUGUCCGAUGUCCCAAAAGCCGUGGAGAGUGGGAGACUAGAACCACUCAGGCCCCAGGAACUGUCAAGAGCCCAGGAGCCAGCUCCUCCCAGCGGUGAGAAGGCCCGGCUGAGCGAGGCCCCUGGGGGCAAGAAGAGCCUGAGCAUGCUUCAUUACAUCCGGGGCUCUGCGCCCAAGGACGUCCCUGUGCCGUUGUCCCACAGCCUCAACGGGAAGAGCAAGCCAUGGGAGCCCUUCGUGGCAGAAGAGUUUGCACACCAGUUCCACGAGUCGGUGCUGCAGUCCACCCAGAAGGCCCUGCAGAAGCAUAAAGGGGGUGCAGCUGCGCUGUCUGCAGAGCAGAACCACAAGGUCGACACAUCUGUCCACUACAACAUUCCUGAGUUGCAGUCGUCCAGCCGGGUCCCCCUGCCCCAGCAUAAUGGGCAGCAGGAGCCCCUAGUGGGAAGGAAGGGAUCCCACACACAGGAGAUGGACCCGGGCUCAGAAGACGGUGAGGAGGAGGAGGAGGAGGAAGAGGAAGAUGGCGAGGAGGAAGAGGAAGUACCCAGGUGCAGGUGGCAAGGGCUCGAGGCAAUUCUUGAAGCUUACCAGGAACACAUAGAAGAGCAAAACCUGGAGCGGCAGGUGUUGCAGACCCAGUGCCGGCGGCUGGAGGCCCGACACUACAGCCUCAGCGUGACUGCAGAGCAGCUGUCCCACAGCAUGGCGUUAUUUUUCUGCAAAAUGAUCUUUAAAACCACCAGUCCUAGGAGCACACAGCAAUCCAAGGCUUUUCCCUGGAAAAGCUCUCACCCCUAAAGAUAAAAUGAAUCCGCAGACUAAAGGUACCUUUCUACUACUCUGCGGGGGAGAAUGUACAGAGCCCUGUGUAUACAGACUCGCCCCGCCUGUUACCGCAGUGGGGGAGUGUUUUCAUACAAACGUAAAUUUUGAGAGAAAAGUCAAAGGUGCUUCAGCCUUGUACUGUGUAUAUAUAUUAAAAAACAAAGUUUUGUAUGUUUUUAUUACUUUUAAUUGUUAUAAAAAGCCUGCCAUUUUUAAUAUGUGGUUUGGGGGAUUUUUGUUUGUUUUUCCUGUUUGGGGUUUUCUUUGUUUUUCCUGGGAAAAGAAAAGAACCCUUGCUUUUAGUGUUUGUACUGCUGCUGGUCAGGACAUUAAAAUAUUGAAGUUUUUAAAAAUUAAAGAAGAAGAAAAGUAAAAGAGCUUACCACUGGCGCCUAUGCGAUCACUUCAUUUUUAAUUUGAAUUGCACCAGAAACCGAUGUAGAAAGCCAUGCGUUACUUACCUCCUCCUUUACCCCCUCCCCCACACUUGGACAAGGUGAUAGCAAAUAGAGCCCGCUGCUGCCAAGUGAGGGGACAGUCUGUGCCCGGAACUAGACAGACCCUGUGUGACAGUCACAUGCACACAGAGCCCUGAGGCUUUCUAAAAGAACCUUUUAGGAAGUGAACAAUUUCUGUGCGAGAAUUCGGAGAUGCCUGAGAACAGGUGCAGAGUAGAAACUUUAGAAGCUUUAUUUAGAUGCAAAGCUUUGUAAAAGCCUCAAGUAGGAUCAACAGUGUCUGAGCUGAAGCCUCCUUUGACCCAGACCAUGACAGGCACAGAAAUGGCCACUCGGCUGGUGAGCACUGGGACCGCUGCUCCAACCUGGGUUUUUCUGUCAGGUGGCGUCUCCUGUAGGUCAGGAAGGCACCUGUAGUGGGGCUGGGCCUGCACCAGAGGCCAGGAACGGGCCAGGGCCAGGGAGGGGGCAUGAGCUGGCCUCUCCUGGACACUUGUUGCUGCUGUGCUGCAUGCCCUGAGCUCCCGCCCUUGCCGUGCAAGUGGCAGCUGGCAGCCAGCAGCAUGUCGCUUAUCUGUGCCCACACAGUGUGCUUCGUGUGCCUGCCA